GCUGCACCAAACAUCCCCUGUCUGGCGGGAGGAUCCCCCCUCCUUGCAUGGGGACAAGCCUAUUUUGAGGAAGUUUGAAGCUCGCUUCUUGGAGAACCUGGCUGCAGCCCAGAAGGAGAAGCUCUCUUCUAUGGCCAAGGGACGGCUCGACAUCCUUGGCGAUGCAGCACAGGAGCAUCCCACCACUCUGGCGUGGGACAGGGACAGCGGCACCCCUGAGCCCGGGAUGGAGCCACCCAGCAUAAGGUCUCGCCUGGGUUGGCCAGACACCACUGACUCCUGCAGCACCAUCUCCUCCGACACCAAGUUUAUGCUGGACAUGCUCUAUGCCAAGGGCUCCUCGGAGCCGGGGAGUGAGAAGGUCAUCCCCAAGGAACCAUCGUCCCCCCUGGUCCAUGGUGAGGGGAAGACGGACACCAAGGGAGGUGGCAGCCAAGAGCAGGAGGGCACCUGGCUCCGCAGCAAAGCUCCAGAUGGGCCGGUGGCCAGCGCACAUGCCAAGCUGGCGUGUGCCACGUCGAGUAUAGAUGCUGAGACCCACACGCAGAAGCUGGAGAACACUGGGAUGAUGCCCAUCAAGAAGGAUGCAGAGCUGACGUGGGAGCGCCUGGAGGCCAGCCCCGUGCAGCUGAAGAUUAAGGACCUGGACUUCACUGACCUGGAGGAAGAAGAAGACUUUGACAUCUUGGACAUGGGGCCCAUGGCCAAUGGCUCCUUCCUCCCUCCUGGCAUCGAAGCCACGAGCGCUGGAGCUCUCAUGGUUCCCCCUCCACCUCUAGCCAUCCCUGGUUGCCCACCACCUCCCCCUCUAGCCAUCCCUGGCUGCCCACCCGCCCCAGGGCUGCCAGGUCCCUCAGUAACAGACGGCCCUUCCCAGGCCAAGAAGAAGAGGACGGUGAAGCUCUUCUGGAAGGAGCUGAAGCAGCUGGACAGCACUGUGGGGCUGGGCCGGUUCGGGCAGGCAACGCUGUGGGCGUCCCUGCAGAGCGUGGAGGUCAAUGCUGCCAAACUGGAGCAUCUUUUCGAGUCACGGUCAAAGGAAGUGCCAACUUCAAAGAAGGCCAUCGAUGGGAAGAAGGUGGUGGUGGUGCUGGACCCCAAGAGGAGCAACGCCAUCAACAUUGGCCUCACGGUGCUGCCACCCGUGCACAUCAUCAAGACAGCCGUGCUCAACUUCGAUGAGUUUGCGGUCAAUAAGGAAGGGAUUGAGAAAAUCCUGACCAUGGUCCCGACCGAGGAGGAGAAGCAGAAGAUCCAGGAGGCCCAGUUGGCCAACCCUGAUGUGCCCCUGGGCUCUGCGGAGCAGUUCCUGCUCGCCCUGUCUUCCAUCAGCGACCUCACAGACAGACUCCAGCUCUGGGCCUUCAAGCUGGACUACGAGAGCCUGGAGCAGGAGAUUGCGGAGCCGCUGUUUGAUCUGAAGGUGGGCAUGGAGCAGCUGGCCAGAAAUCACACCUUCAAGUGCAUCCUGGCCACACUGCUGGCCAUGGGCAACUUCUUGAACGGCUCCCAGAGCAGAGGCUUUGAGCUGGGCUACCUGGAGAAGGUCUCGGAAGUGAAGGACACGGUGCACCGGCAAUCCCUGCUCCACCACCUCUGCCAGAUGGUGGUGGAGAAGUUCCCAGAAACCACCGACCUCUACUCGGAGAUUGCCUCCAUCACCCGCUCCGCCAAGGUUGACUUUGACGAGCUGGCCAACAGCCUGGUGCAGCUGGAGCGGAGGUGCAGGGCCUCCUGGGACAACCUGAAGGUGAUUGCCAAGCACGAGACCAAGCCGGUGCUGAAGAGCAAGCUGACAGACUUCCUCAAGGACAGCACCCAGCGUAUCAUCGUCUUGAAGGUGGUGCACAGGCGUGUCCUCAACAGGUUUCACUCCUUCCUGCUGUACCUGGGGUACCCGGCGAGCACAGCGCGGGACGUGAAGGUGACGCCCAUCUGCAAGCUGCUGCAGGAGUUCGCCCUGGAGUACCGCACCUGCCGGGAGCGCAUCCUGCAGCAGCAGAAGAAGCGGGCCGCCCACCGUGAGCGCAACAAGACCCGGGGACGGCUCAUCCCCGAGACCGAGAAGUUCUCCGGCGUCGCCGAGGUCGCUUUGCCACCCGCCGUGGUGUGCACCGGCCCCGAGGAGCAGAUGGAGGCAGGACACGAGAGCAUGAAGAGCCUGCUGACCUCCCCCACGGAUGCCCCUGCCCGCCGCAGUCGUGCCAGCCGGGCUGACACCGGCAUCUCCAUUGUGCCUGGGACAGGACAAGUCACCCUGGCACAGGGCUCUCCGGCCCAGGAGGAUGUUCCCAGCUCCCCAGAUGAUGCUUCGGAUGAAAUCAUGGACCAGCUGGUGAAAUCGGUGACGCACAAUGCCAACCCCCGGCCCUGCCCCAACAAGGAGCGCAGGAGAUCCCGUGGCAAUAGGAAGUCCU